UCUGAGCUCCCGUCUUCGCGUAUUCCUUCACACCCGGCACUUUCCUUGAGUAAUUUCGCUCUUUAACUGUCUUUCCCUUUCUACACGCGCAUCUUCACCUCCCCUUCCAUCUUUUUACGUCCCCUCCCUCCGUGCGCGCUCGCUCGCGCUCUCUCUCUACAUCUUCUGCUGCUUCAGUCCGUUCCCUCUUUCUUUUCUCCCCCUCUUCGUCACCUCUCGUCUCUGCACUCAUCCUCCCCUGCCCAUCUCCUUUCAUUAGCUCGUAUCCUCUCCUCCAUCUCUCCGUUUCGUCUUUUUUGUGUCUUCCCUCAUCGAUAGGAACGCGCGCCUCUCCUCGUCCUUUCCUCGUUUGCUAAAUACUGAAGGCAGACCUCUCUUAUUCUCUCUCUCUCUCUUUCCGUCCCUCCUCCUUCCUCUUUACGUUUUCCCCCUCCCUCCAUACUCUUUUUUUUCCUCAAUGCUUAAGUCAGUCAAAAGAGAUACAGUGAAGAAAAGAGGGGCGAACGGCGGGCGCUGAGAGAGAGACAGAGAGAAGGAGAGAAGCUGGAGGGAGAGAGGGGAGAGGGGGGAACGGGGGUUUGGAUACAUCUCCACCUGUCUUCUCUCUGCCAUGGACUGCCUCUGCAUAGUGACCACAAAGAAAUAUCGGUAUCAGGAUGAAGAGACUCCGCCCUUGGAGCACAGCCCCGCCCACCUGGCUCACAGCAAGAGCGCCGAGAUGCUUCACAUGAGUGAUAAAAACCUGGCUGCCAUGGACUCCAUGCACAGUUAUGCCCCACACACACACAUCUCACCAAUAAAGCCAGUGUUGCUGUCCUCUGGUCAAACCCCUAUGUACACCUCUGCGGUCUCCACACUGGCGAACUCUCCACCAGUAGUGGUAAAUACAGACACACUGGAUGGCUCACCUUAUGUCAAUGGAGCAGAAGGAGAGAUUGAAUAUGAAGAGAUUACGUUGGAAAGGGGGAACUCUGGGCUAGGUUUCAGUAUCGCGGGAGGGACUGAUAACCCUCAUGUUGGAGACGACCCCAGCAUCUUCAUCACCAAGAUCAUUCCAGGAGGAGCUGCUGCACAAGACGGGAGGCUCAGAGUAAAUGACAGUAUUCUCUUUGUGAAUGACGUCGAUGUUCGGGAGGUGACCCACAGUCAGGCGGUGGAGGCUCUCAAGGAGGCAGGCGCUAUCGUCAGACUCUAUGUAUUACGCAGGAAACCCCUCGCUGAGAAAGUCACAGAAAUCAAGCUCAUCAAAGGGCCAAAAGGGCUAGGCUUUAGUAUAGCGGGUGGUGUGGGGAACCAGCACAUCCCUGGAGACAACAGCAUUUAUGUCACAAAGAUCAUCGAGGGAGGAGCGGCUCAUAAGGACGGGCGUCUACAGAUAGGCGAUAAGAUACUGGCGGUGAAUAAUGUGUGUUUGGAGGAUGUGAUGCACGAGGAUGCGGUGGGCACACUGAAGAACACAGCAGAGGUAGUCUACCUCAGAGUGGCAAAGCCAAACAACCUGUUCCUUACCAACAACUACAACCCACCAGACCUCACAAGCACGUACUCUCCGCAUCUGGACACAGACCUUGUACAUCCAAACUUCCUGGCUUCGGAUUACCCACAAGCCCUCACUCCCACCUCACCAAGCCACUUUUCUCCUGUGCUGCAUGGCUUGAUGGGAGAUGACGACUUACCCAGAAAUCAAGACUCAUCAGACCAGGCAACAUUUUUCCAGUCUUCAACUGUCCAAUUUUGGGACCCGAGGCGUGUUGUGAUCCACAGAGGAUCGACAGGUUUGGGGUUUAAUAUAGUUGGAGGGGAGGAUGGUGAGGGAAUAUUCAUCUCUUUCAUCCUGGCAGGAGGCCCUGCAGACCUGAGCGGAGAACUGCGCAAAGGAGAUCAGAUCUUAAGUGUGAAUGGCGUGGAUCUGCGGGCAGCUACACAUGAACAAGCAGCAGCUGCCUUGAAGAAUGCAGGACAGACUGUAACCAUCAUUGCUCAGUACAGACCAGAAGAGUACAGUCGAUUUGAAGCUAAAAUUCAUGACCUCAGAGAGCAGCUGAUGAACAGCAGUAUGGGCUCUGGAACAACUACAUUACGAAGUAACCCUAAACGAGGAUUUUAUAUCAGGGCUCUGUUUGACUAUGAUAAGACAGCAGACUGUGGUUUCCUGAGUCAGGCCGUGGGCUUUAAGUUUGGAGAUGUGCUGCGUGUUCUGGACUGUGGAGAUGAGGAGUGGUGGCAGGCCUGCAGAGUCAGCCCACAGGGGGAUGAGGAGGAGGUCGGCUUCAUCCCCAGCAAGAGGAGGGUUGAGAGAAAAGACUGGUCGCGGUUGAAGUCAAAAGAAAGGGACCGAAGUCGAGACAGUAUAGGUUCACAGGGAAGGGAAGAGUCAGUACGGAGUUACGAGACAGUUGCACAAGUGGAAGUGCACUACGCGCGGCCGAUCAUUAUUCUGGGCCCGGUGAAGGACAGAGUGAAUGAUGACCUGCUGUCUGAGUUCCCAGACAAGUUUGGAUCUUGUGUCCCUCAUACGACACGACCCAAGCGGGAAUAUGAGGCGGAUGGGCGGGACUACCAUUUUGUGUCAUCACGGGAACAGAUGGAGAAAGACAUUCAGAACCAUCGUUUCAUCGAGGCGGGCCAGUACAACAGUCACCUGUACGGAACCAGCGUUCAGAGCGUCCGAGAGGUGGCGGAACAGCAGGGAAAGCAUUGUAUUCUGGAUGUGUCCGCAAAUGCAGUUCGCAGGCUACAGGCUGCACAGCUUCACCCAAUCGCCAUCUUCGUACGGCCCAAAUCACUGGAGAACGUCCUAGAGAUCAACACACGUCUAACUGAGGAACAAGCCAGGAAGGGUAUGGACCGUGCUAUUAAACUGGAGCAAGAUUUCUUGGAAUGCUUCUCUGCGAUCGUAGAGGGCGACAGCUUCGAGGAGGUUUAUCAUAAGGUGAAAACUGUGAUUGAGGAGCAGUCAGGACCUUAUAUCUGGAUUCCCACCAGGGAGCGCCUGUGAGAGUCCACCCAGAGCCAGACCACCUCGCCCAGUCACCAUUUGGCCUGCCUGCCCUAAACUGUGGAGCUCCGACUCGUAGAACUCGCGAGAAACAGACAGAGAGAGAGAGGGAGAGAUGGAGAGAGUGAAAGCGAGGGAGAGAAGUCACAGAGACACCAGGAAAUGAUGGAGUGGAGAACAGCACAGGAGCUGGCCACACCACAUCUGCCUCUCUUUUCCUCCUUUUCCUAGCUUUGUAACUUCCUUUUUCUGCUUUUAUCUUCCUUUCUCUGCCUUUCUCUCAGUCCUUCUCUGUUUCUUUCUGGCUUUCUCUCUGAAUAACGUCCUUUCACACAGGACUGGUGAGCUGUUUUUACUCUGCCAUGAACUGGGAUGCUACAAAGAAAUUUUGUAUAUUGUCAGAUUCCCUCUUGCUCUCUCCGAACAAGACAGGAAGUGGAGAGAGAUGAGCGACCGCCUUGGCUUUUACUGGAAUGAGACGUUCAAGAGCUAUUCCUGAUUAAAGGAGCUCAUUUUACAGUACUAAAGGAGAAUUGAACUGAAAUAUGAAAGUAUAUUUAUCAAUACAAAUAAUGCGCUGAAAUCUUCAAUAUCAACGAUAUUACGACUACUCAGAGACUGACGUUCACCCACAGUUAUCAGCAUCAAGGGCGUUUAAUUCCUUUUAGAAAUUUGAAGUACUUGACGAGUGCUUCCUGAAAUGCAGGAAGAACCGAGCUGGCGAAACUAAAACGUUUGCCUCAGUCCUUCGAAUGUUCCCCUUAAAUAGUUUGCAGCUAGUUCAUCACACUGAAUGGAUAGUAAAGAAGGAAAACAGGAAGACGCAGACUGUGACUUUCAUUCUGCACAUCAUAGAAAGCCACACACUUGAUAUUCCGGGUUCUGUUUUCUUUGAUUUUCUUGCGCUUACAUGUAAACAUGCACAUUUAGACACACGCCAACAUAGAUUUUGUAAUGUUUGCCUUCUUCUAUUUGGAUCUUCUUGCAACAGCCAGAUUGAUGUUUUCCUUUGAGCUGAAAUUUAUUUGCUGGGUUGGAUUAUUUCCACAGCUCUCAAACACAAUGACUCCAGGCUGCUCUUUAAUGUGCAAUAUCGGGCUCUUCCAUAAUCUUCUCAUAAUGUAACAAAUUUUAGCCAUGCUUAGAUCUUGAAGUCAUCGGUAAAUUAUCAAACCGCUUUAAAUGUAAUAUUUUCGCCGUUUUUUAAACAGGAUUUCAGUUUAGAUCACACUCAUGUGCUGAGUGGCUACGUUCACACCAUAAUCCAAUUCGUUAUAUAUAAAUUAUUGAUUUAAAUGAAUUUGUAAAAAUUAUUAUAAAUGAUAUAUUCAGUAAUUAUAUUGGGGUAUUUAAUUAUUUAUUUAUUAUAUAUUAUUUAUUUAACACCUUGCCUUCCUUCAUGUCAGUGGUUGUUUUCACUGUUCUCUGUCUUAAGGUAAACCAAGCAUUAUAUGACAAGUAGUAGCUUAUUUUGAUGAAAUAUAACUUACAAAUUAUUUAAAUCUCAAAUAUUUCAUUGUAGAAUAGUAGAUGUUUUGUUAGUGGCCCUUUUUUUGGAGAAUGUUUUUCUCAUAUAAGCUCAGGAUAGUUGUUAGUGAAGGCAUUGGGACGUGUAUGUAUUUGUGGUGUCAUCAGAAAAUACAGCAUAAUCUCACAGCAAUUUGUAACUAUUUUAUGUUUUGGUGACUUGUUGGCUAAUUCGAAUGAAUUUGUACCAACCCAUUCAUACAAUUUUGUGCGAUCAGCCUACUGAUAGUUAAGUUUAGGUGUGGAUUUUUCCUAAAAAAAGAACAAACAAAAAAAACAUCGUACAGUCUACAUCGUAGCAAUUCAUACGAAAUUCCCAUUCAGCUGCAAUGUGAACGUAGCCUUACUGGCCUUUCAUUCAGCCCAUCUCUAAACUCUCCGGACACACACACACACACAAAUACUAUCAGGAAAAUGGUGUAUUGUACAAAGUUUUUUUAUGCUGUGUAUCAGAUUAUAAUUAACUCUUGUAAUCAGACCAAUGAGGCUACUUUGAUGCAUCUCAAUGGCCAGUCAGUGGACAUCAUCACACCAGUUAACUGGUGGGUCGAUGAUGCUGCCAUCACCGAAGUGAAGAGGAUCGGGUCUUAAUGAUGCUGGAGCUUUAUUGGAAUACGAUCGUGGGUUCAUUAUGUUUGAUGAGAUAAAUUAAUGGCUGUAAUGCCAGAGAAUAAUCAGCUUAGCUAGCUAAGUUUAACAAUCCAAGCCUGCCUCCAACUGCCCCUUCUCAGAGCGAAACACUCAUUUGUAAGCAAUUUUACCCAUAAUUCUGUGAGGGCUGACAAAGCGCCCACUUCAACCCUGGCUGACAUGAGAAUGGCAGAAUGAUAAAUUGUUUUUUUUUUUUUUUACCAUUUUGUGCCGUGACAGUGAUGCGGUAAAAAUCGAUACGGUGCUUUGAGCUCAGAGGGCGUCAUAUUCAAGGUCUAAAGUAAGGAUGAAAGCAAUGGUUUGUCCAGAACACGGUCCAGGGGUUUGCAUUUGAUUUGGUGAGAUUUCCUGUAAAUCAAUGCCAUGAGCAUUACUAUGGUGAUUUAUGGAAACAGACUUUGAUUGAGACUAUUGUGAUCGAAAAAACUGGCACCGUUUUGUGUCAGGCCAAAAAAACAAAAAAAAGUCUACUAAGAAGAUGAAGUGAGACACAUUUGCACUUAUUAAAGGGAAGAUUUGAUCAGAUGUGAUGAACAAUAGAGGGUUUCUGGUAGAAGGCAGAGGAAUACAGAGCGAUCUGGUGGCUUGUUUUCUUUCACUCAUUUUCUUUUUGACUUUUUGCGUUUGAAUUUCGAUAUUUACAUGUGUUUGGAGUGCAGUGACAGUUCUUUUCUUGCCGUUAUUUUUAUUUAUAGAUUUUAUAUAAUUAUUUCAUUGUUUACUGCUUUGUUUACAUUGGGGUUUUGUGUGAAGACUGAGACGCUUUUGCUGUGGUUUCCAGAGUGGAGCUGCACACAAUCAAAUGUGAAAACUGAAACUAAAAAUUAAACUUUACUGUGAAAUUACAUAACAAUAAUAAUAGUAAUAAAAAAAAAGAAGAAAAAAAAACUAAACUUGCACGCAUACUGAUACUUUUAUAAACAUAGCCCAUAAAUAAAUUUCCCAAAUCAUAUUAUUGGCAACAUGAGAAAUGAAAAAUAAUAGUGUAUAUUGCGGUUUGUAUGAGCUGCACAAAUAUGUGCACACACAUACACACACCACACACACAAUAUAUUACCAAGAGAAAUAUAUGACUUCACUCUUACUAGAAUGAAUUAUGAGUUUAAUUUAUUUAUUUAUUUAUUUGAAAGAAUCAAAUGUAUUUUAUCGAUUUGUAUUUGCCAUAACAUAUUAUUCUAAUUAUCCUGAACAGAUUGAACAUAUUGCUUUUAUUAAAAAAAGAAGAAUUAUGAAAAUACAACAAUGCCAUCUGAUGCAAAGUAUAUUUAAAUGAUUUAUCUUAAAAGAGAGAUUUACCAAUGACAGUAUCAGAUUAUACAAAUGUUUAAUUUCAGUGAGAUGCUUGUUGUAAAUUAGCUACAAAAAUAAUAAAACGAAUUAUGUUAAAAA